GCUGCCAAUCGGAGCCCGGGAAAAUACAGCGGUGCGGAGGAGUGAAUGUUGCCUCUUGCGGGGAAAGGACCCUGAUCCAGGCGACCUCUUUGCAAAGCACCUUUCCUGAGCUAGCCCCUUUUGCGUGACUUGGACGAGUUCCUUCUGUGUCGGAGUGGGAGCAGCAAAGCGCCUCCCUUUCUGCGCUUCCCUAUGAAAGUGAGGCAGGAUUUUAUGUAUGACAAGGGAAAAUGAAUUCCACCAUGAGCGAGGAGCCUGAUGCACUGGCUGUAGUUAAUCAGCUGAGGGAUCUAGCAGCUGACCCCUUGAACAGACGAGCAAUUGUCCAGGAUCAGGGAUGUCUACCAGGGCUUAUUUUAUUUUUGGACCAUCCCAACCCUCCAGUUGUCCAUUCAGCCUUGCUUGCUCUCCGCUAUCUGGCUGAAUGUCGUGCCAACAGAGAGAAGAUGAAGAGUGAACUGGGUAUGAUGCUGAGCUUACAAACUGUGAUACAGAAGACCACAACACCAGGGGAGACUAAAUUGUUAGCUUCAGAAAUCUAUGAAAUUCUUCAGUCUUCCAGCAUGUCAGACAUGGACAAUGUCAAUGAGAUGAAUUCUCGGCGCCGGAAAGCUCAGUUUUUCCUGGGAAGUACAAAUAAGCGUGCUAAAACCGUGGUUCUGCACAUAGAUGGUCUUGAUGAUUCGUCUCGGCGGAACCUGUGUGAAGAGGCCUUGUUGAAAAUUAAAGGAGUUAUCAGUUUUACUUUUCAAAUGGCAGUUCAAAGAUGUGUAGUGCGAAUCAGAUCAGACCUAAAAGCGGAGGCAUUGGCAACGGCAAUAGCAUCAACCAAAGUUAUGAAAGCCCAGCAAGUUGUGAAAGAUGAAAGUGGAGAAGAGUUGCUGGUUCCAUUCCAAGAUACUCCUGUAGAAGUGGAGCAGAAUACAGACCUCCCAGAAUAUUUGCCAGAAGAUGAAAGCCCUUCAAAAGAGCAGGACAAAGCAGUGUCCCGUGUCGGAUCGCACCCAGAAGGUGCCGCCAGCUGGCUGAGCACGGCUGCAAACUUUCUUUCCAGAUCCUUUUACUGGUGACUUGGAGUUAUGGCAGAAGGGCCGCACAAACCAACACAGGGACAGACAAUUUUCCUUUGGUCUGGUGAACUGCCAAGUGCAAUUUGCAAUAAGUUACCACAAAAAGGUUUUAGACUACAAACAUAUGCUGUGUUUUACAUUUUAUUGGACAUUUGGCCUUUCAGGCCCGUCAGAAGGAUGGAGGCCUCAAAUCACGGCUUGUUCAUUUUCUCUCCCCCAUCCCUGUAGUCAUACAUGUUUUAUUGCCUCACAUUUUAAUAUGGGUCCAUUAUUAAACAAAAAUUUUGAGUGCAAAGAAGCUUUAAGUUAAAAUUCUUCCUUAGCCUCACAGAGAAUCCACUCAAUAUAAAUCUCAGGACAUCUCCACAAGGAAAUUAUUGGUUCUAAGUCUGCAUGGAGUGAAAUGCCUUUUUUCCUUGAUUUUUUUUUUGGCCUUCUGAUUAUGUUUCCUCUGGAAAAAUCACUCUAGAGAAACCCCACUUUGUCUGCCAUCUUUUUUUUCUUCAAUGUUGUUUAGAGCUGCUGAUUUUAUAUUCCACUUACUGCAUUGCAAAGGAAAUGCUUCAGACUUGACCUUGAUAGCCCUUAAUGUGUUUCAGGGGAAAAAAGUCGGUCUAUAACCACUUGAGCAAUCUGAACUUCAGUAAAAAGGAGUUCAGAUGGAAAUAUGUAUAUGUAUCUAUAUACAGUAAAUAUGCUGUAAGAAAAUGCUUGGAAUUACCAUUGUGACUUUGUAGAUGUGAUCAGAUGCCACGGACUGCAGUUUAAAUUGGUUUCAAAGCUCUGUGUUCAAAAAUUGCAAUUCUGCUCAGGCGGUGCCUUGCUGCAAGUUUUGUCUGUGGAGGCAAGUGCAAUGUUGGCCUUAUUGGGUGAUCAAAAAAAGUUCAAUUAGAUAGUCUGAUAACUGAAAAUAAAAAAUGGGAGUGGGGUUGGGUGGAUAUGGAAUGCCUAAGAUGCCUCAGUGCCACUGUCAUACACUUUCACCACCAUAAACUUGUGUUGCUUGGUGGAAAUCCUAUGUUUUCCUGUUGCCUUUGAAGAGUGCUUUUCUAAUGUACCAAUAUGGUAACAGUCUUGUGACCCCGGUCAUGACCUAUGGGAUAGUGGGAAUGCUGGUAGUGGAAUUCAAACCCAGCCAAAGCAAGACAUCUGAGGAAGGGUAAACAUCUUGUCAACGAUGAAACUGUUCAUGGAAGUGCACUAACCUACUCUCAACAGAAGAAACCAAACCCAUGCCGGAACAGGCAGCUUUCACCUUCUUGUGCUGUGGACAGUAUAAAAGUCCAAAACUGCCGGGAUCCUCACUUCUUGUCUCUAUGUAGUUCCCCGCAAAGAUAGUCCAAAUAAAGUUCCAGUAGGCAAAAUGUUCAAAUAGGUCAAAUAGGUUCUAGAAAACUAAACUGCUAACUAUACUGUGCUUCUUUUUGUGAUACAAUCCAUACAAUAUCAGCUACAUUCGUGAUUUAAUGAUUUUGAGGCAAAAAUUGGCUCAUUAAAAAUCUGUACCUCACACAGCAAUAGAAAUUAAUCUGUAGAAACUCACAUUAUUUUUAACAAGUGUGCAAGAAAGCAACCAUAACCAACCAUAGAUUUUCACUCAAAUUUGAUGUCCUUUUUGAGAUGAAGAGCUUACUUUCAGAUUAGUUUUUUUCUUUUUUUAAACUUAUCUUGUUUAUUUGAUUAAAGUUUACACGCACAGAAUACAGGCUUUCGAAGGCAAGUAUUGCAUUAAACAUGUAUUAAGCAUAUUGCUGUCUAGAAUGUUACAGUAACCAAAUGUGUUUGCAAGUCCCCCUAUUGUAUAGCCAUGGAUGCAAUGUUUACUUUUUUGUUUUAACAUCUGUGAUUGAGUUUUGCGGUGCCGCAUAUCCACUUACUAAACAAUACACCCCUUUGGAUAUUAAUGGCUCAGUACAAGUAGGUAUUAAAACUUGUGUGUUGAAUUUGUAGGUAUGCUUUUUUUUUGGUUGGUAUUACAGCUCUUCCAGUUAUAGUAUCUGUAAGAGCUUUUGAAUACUGUAAAAUAAAAGUGUAAUAUAACU